AUGAACAUCAAUGGCAAAGAUUCAGAACACUUUCACUACUCAUGGACCAUAACAAAGCUAAUGUCUUUCUUCUUCCUCUUAAUUACCUCAUCCUAUCUCUUCUAUUGCCUUGGAUUCUUUACUCAUUCAUAUGAUUGUGCCCAAAAAAGACUUUACCUUCUUCCCAUUACCCACCUAUCUCACACUGACCCUCCAAAACCCUUUGAAAAAACCAACAUCUCCCACAUAGUAUUUGGCAUAGGAGCCUCAUCCAAGCUCUGGAACCAUAGAAAAGAAUACAUAAAACUAUGGUGGAGACCCAAUGAAACAAGGGGCAAUGUGUGGUUAGACCAACAAGUGAAAACUGAACCUGGUGAUGAGUACUUGGUCCCAACAUUGAAGAUUUCUAGUGACUCUUCAAAGUUCAAGUACAAGCAUCCACGUGGCAACAAGUCAGGCAUUAGGAUAUCUCGUAUAGUGUCAGAGACAGUGAAGCUUAGGAUGGAGAAUGUGAGGUGGUUUGUGAUGGGAGAUGAUGACACUUUCUUUGUCACUGAGAAUUUGGUUAAGGUUUUGCAAAAGUAUGAUCACAAUCAGUUUUAUUACAUUGGAACCUCUUCAGAGAGCCACAUGCAAAAUAUUCAUUUUUCUUAUAAUAUGGCUUUUGGGGGUGGUGGGUUUGCCAUUAGUUACCCUUUGGCUUUGGCAUUGGAGAGAAUGCAAGAUAGGUGCAUACAGAGGUACCCUGCAUUGUAUGGCUCAGAUGAUAGGAUUCAAGCUUGUAUGUCAGAACUUGGUGUUCCACUCACUAAGGAGAUUGGCUUUCAUCAGUUUGAUGUGUACGGCAAUGUGUUUGGACUCCUAUCAGCUCAUCCCGUUACACCAUUAGUUUCCUUGCAUCACUUGGACGUGAUUGAGCCCAUUUUUCCAAACAUGGACCGGGUUCAGGCCCUACAGCGCCUCAAAGACCCAAUAAAACUGGACCCAUAUGGGCUUAUGCAACAAUCCAUUUGCUACGACAAAAAACGUGUCUGGACCAUAUCCGUGUCAUGGGGCUACUCGGUUCAGUUAAUCCGGGGCAUUUUCUUGCCCCGGGACAUGGAGGUGCCGCCCAGAACCUUCUUGAAUUGGUAUCGCCGGCCAGAUUUUAUCGGAUAUCCGUUCAACACGCGCCCAUUCAAUCGGAACUAUUGUCAAAAACCUUUUGUUUUUUACUUGUCUAAUGCAACCUAUGAUGGGGUUGCUAAUGAGACUCUAAGCGAGUAUAUUCGGGUCCACCCGAAUCCGGAAUGCAAGUGGAAAAUGGCGGAUCCUAACCAAAUCCGAGUUGUGAAAGUCCAUAAAAAGCCCAACCCACAUUUGUGGGACAAGUCUCCAAGAAGAAAUUGUUGCAGGGUUCAACCUACAAAGGAGGAAGGUACUCUAGUGAUUGACGUAGGAGAAUGUAGAGAAGGUGAAGUUCUUGAGAAGUAG